AUGGGGCGCCUUUCGAUGCUGUCGACGGUGGGUGGCACACUGGUUGCCGGUGCACUGGUGUACAUGGUGCAUGCGUCCAUGCGUGAUCAAACGCAAUUCAUGGUGACCUCCAUGCACGCCGAGGCAGACGGCCUGGCUGAGGCGAACGACUACGACAAGUCGACCGGACAGCGCAGCCAUAAUGCGACACGGUCGUCGUUCCACCCCGCGCCGCCCUCGUUCUGGGACGAAGUCAAGGCUCGGUGGAACAGCCACCUUACUCAGACACUCCAGGGCGCGUCCAUGCCUGCUGCGCCUACGCAGCAGCGCGGCGCCGCCGCGCCCUCCGACGCGCCCUCGGUUCGCGACGCGCUUGCCGCGCUCGCACCGCAUGCGCCGGAUGCCCAGCCCAAAUUUGGCAUUCGCCACCGCGUGUACGGUGACCCAAACACGCACUACGUAGGCCAGGGUGUGUCGCUACGAUAG